AUGGUCACACGUUCCAGCUCCACGACUACGGACCGUUUGCGCAUGGAUAGAGAGCACCCGAGAUACUCUCCGGUGUUCUUUGCUCAAAAGCGCUUCUCCGUUAUUUUGGCAAUCGCACGCAUAGUUUUGUGGAUGCCUAUGAUGACGCAAAUUGUAGUGAGUCACAUAGUUCAUGUUCGGAGCACUUCGAUGGAGACACUGAGUUUCUUCCUAACGUUUCUGUCGGCGGCAGUUACGCCCAUGUUUGUGCUCUCCGAGCACUGGAUCCAUCUCCCUUGCGGCUGUUUCAUCAACUGUCGCUCUGGUGCGGCCAAUGAAGCAUCUGUAAACAAACGGAGGUUUGAUUUCAACAUGUCCUUCCAGAACGGCUAUGGCUUUUAUAAGAUUUCCCACUCGAAGUCACCGUCGAUAGAGAAACCUUCCUACAGCAAUUUCUUCCACUGCAAUCUGACUGAAAGUAGAGUCGCAGUGCUGGACAGCGGUCAGAUAAAAACUCUGGCGAACAACGAGUUCAGAACCACCGCCAACGAGGACAGCUCCCUGCGCAGAGAAGUGUUGUUGGACACGACACUCAGCCAUGAGGAAGAGCUGGCGAUCCAAAGCCAUAACCCCGACCACGAAGGCCUGUGCCUGGGCUCUCCGCCCCCAUCACUUAGUGGAGAGGUUGAUGUGAAUCUUGACACUUCCUCCGUUUUCGACGGGUCUGAGAGAAGGCUAUCACACGAGGAGUGCCGUAAAAUUGAACUUACUGACUGGGAAUGGUGCAGAAGCAAGUCCGAGAGAACACCGAGACAGCGGUCCACUGGAGGCUUGUCCAUCCCGCUUUGUGCCUUCCAGGGCACGGUGUCCCUCCAGGCCCCCACAGGCAAGACCCUCUCUCUGUCCACCUAUGAGGUCAGCAGCGACGGCCUGAAGAUCUCCCCCACCACCAAGAAGGUGGAGGUGUACCGCUCCAAGUCUGUGGGCCACGAGCCCAGUGCGGACGAGCCCCACUCCAACAGCUCUGGGAGCGGCGGUGGCGAAGGGGUGGGCGGCGUCAGCCUCAUCACUGGCAUAGGGGACACCAACGUGAAGAUCCACCUGGAGGUGCUGGAGAUCUGCGACAACGAGGAGGCCAUGGACAGCGUGUCCAUCAUCUCCAACAUCAGCCAGUCGUCCACGCACGCCCGCUCGCCCUCGCUGCGCUACUCGCGCCGGGAGAACCGCUUCGUGUCGUGUGACCUGGGCGAGACGGCGUCCUACUCGCUGCUCAUCCCCGCCAUCAACCCCGACGCGGACAACAUCAACAUCCACAUCCCGGACACGGUGGAGGCCCACAGGCAGAACAGCAUGCGGCAGUCGCAGGAGAGCGGCGGCUACCGCGAGGAGAUCCAGCUCCUGAAUGAAGUCUACAGGAAGGCCAACAGCCAGAGGAACUGAGAAGCUGAUGAUAUGAUGGGCCUAGAGAAGGAAAGCCAGUCAAGGACAAUGGGAGGAGUGAUGCCCUGAAGGGUCUUUGAGGGCAGUAGAGAGGGUGGGGGAAUGAAGAUGAGAUUCAUCAUUGUGUUUUAUCAUGGGAUACAGACAAGUACAGUAGGACAUACAAGAUUUAUAUAGCGUUAUAAAGCAUUUGGAGAAUUGCCAAUUUGCCAUCAAGGGACAAUUAAAGCUAGUUAGGAUAUAGGUGAAUGUGCCUUUGAACUUGAUGUGUGUUGAUCAGUGUCAUUGGAAAAUUAGUCGAUUCACAGCCAUAGGGCCAUGGAUGCAUACAAAAUGAUUUCUGACAUUUCUAUAUGCUAAGAGUCUGCAUACUGUAGUUUUCAUGGGAAGGAGUAUGGAGGUUGACAUGAUCAUUUUUGAUCUAUAAAUGGAACUAAAUGAGAGAUGGAAAUUAUGAGUCAUUAAAACAUCAGGGGAGCCUCUGAAAAAAGGGGAAAUUAUCAUAUGGUGUCUGAGGAGCGCAAGGAAAGGGAACAUUGGUUUGUAUGCAUUUACAGGCCCACACUAUGGCAGUUCGAACAUCAAGGUGCAAUGCAGGCAUCAACAGAACACAAGGAGAUUCUACUGAUUGGCACAAUCACUCGGCAUGGCUCUGAUUCCAAAAGGCUAAUUAAUUCUCAAAAAGAUGUUUCUAUUGUAGUUAAUUUGUGAUUGUCUCUUGUCACUUCUUCAUUCCUUUCAUUUAUGCACAUAUGUAUGUGCGUGUGUGUAUUAUAUACAGUAUACUAUGUGUGUGUGUGGGGGAAUGUGAGUGUGUGUGUGUGUGUGUGUGUGUUCUGUGGCAUCAUUUUGGUGUUUUAAGCAUACCGUGCAGUAUAAACUUCAUCACUUGUCUGUGUAUGCUAACUUACACUAGUUUCUUGAGGUCUUCAUAAAACACCUGGUGUGUGCUUGUGUCCAAGUCGGAAUGUGUUGUGUAUGUGCGCUGUUGUUUUUGUCAGGUAGGAAAUACACAAAUUAUCUGUGACUGCACUAUGGCCUCUGUCAGCCUCUGUAAAUGCUUGGUCCAUGGAGUUAGUCAGCGACUGGGGAGAUUCCCUCUGCCUCAUUGGCAUUCCAUAAAUACAAUUAGCCAGAGUGACAGUGUGAAUAUUUUAGCUCCUGAUGAGGGCACAGAUUAAUGUUGGCUUUAUAGCCACUUAGGGGUCCUUUUUUUCAUCUGUUUUUCACCUCACUUGCAUUUGCAAUCUGGAAUGUGAGCUAGGCAAUUCAGUUACAUUUGGUAACUGCAUACAUUUAGCUCUGUAAUGGAAUGUUUGUAGAUGGAUUGAUACAGUUUAAAAUAAUGCUAAAAUGAAUGUGUUAUUUGAGAUGAGAUGCUAUUUAGAAAAGCUUUUCUAAGCACAUAUAGGCAUGCACACAUGCACAUACAGUAUGUAGACUUGUAAAAAAAAUAAACACACACACACACACACACACACACACACACACACACACACACACACACACACACACACACACAUACACACACACAAACACAGAUUGACAUUGUACAGGCAGUUAGCAAUUACAGACAGGGUACUGAAUUCAGAUUUGGCGUGCACUACCUCCCAGUUAUUUUUUAAAAAAACAAAAUGAAUACAUAUGUACAAUCUAUUUUAAUGUUCAUAAUAUAUGUCUAUGUUUUCUGAGCAAUUUAAAGGAAAAAAAUAGAGGCAUAGAGGCAGAUUAUUACUGUAUGUCUCUAUGCAGCAAAAUAGCCAAGAGAAGUUGUGACAUGUUUAUCCUUCAUUUGAAUGUAUUCA